GACACUAACGAUGGUCCGUUAGCCCGAGGCUACCUUUUUUCCAUAAGGACUACCUAAGUUUCCAAGUUGGGUAUCCCGUCGGGCUACUCGAAAUUUUAGUGACCUGAUACAUUUAAAUUCAUUUAAAAUAAUAAUAAAAUAACAAUUGUUAUGAUACAAAUUGUACGAAUUCAAAACGAAACCGGAAAUUCAUCUUUCUGGUAAUUAAAUGUCCGUUGGGUCGCUAAUGAUCGUAAACGUUAAGCGCUUGGAAUUGCAAGCGUCGGCUACCUACGAGUGUAAACUUAAGCGAAAAUAUGUGGCGUUUCAUUGAAAAUGUUCAAGAGCCGGCCAAAAAAAAGGCCAAAACACGAGACCAACAGCUUGAGGCACAGCGUGAAUAUGACAAAACCAAAAGGGAUCGUAAUUUUCAACCGUCCUGGUCGAAAGAAUUUCCAUGGUUGACAUUUGAUAACGAUAAAAAGUUGAUGUUUUGCAAGGUUUGCCAAAAAUUUGAUACAACCGGCACAUUUGUUAAUGGCUGUAAUAACUUUAGAUUGCAAAGUGUCCGUAUUCAUGAUAAGUCAGAGGGCCACUUACGUUGUGUAGGAAUGGCAGAUAACACUCCUAGCUCAGAAGGCCAUAGAACUUUAAAAUUGUUGAAUUCUGCAGCACAUGCAAAGUUAAGGCAUUUAUUCAUGAACGCUCACUUUGUUGCUAAGUGUGGACGACCAUACACAGAUUACGUUCAGUUAUGCAAGUUGGACAUUGCAAAAGGGCUGGACAUUGGCAGUACUUAUCUAACAGACAAAAGCUGUCAGAUGUUUAUAUCUUCAAUUGCGGACACAAUUCGAACUAGACAGGAUGCAAAAAUAAAAGCAAGUCCAUUCAUAUCAGUAAUCAGUGACGGGUCUACAGACACAUCUUCACAAGAGGCUGAAAUUGUGUAUGUCCGUUCAUCAGUCAGUGGCAAUGUGUACACACAUUUCAUGGGCAUCAGAAAUGUUGCCAAAGCUGAUAGCACGAAUAUCAGCAAUGCCAUUAUUAAUGUCCUGAAUGAUCGUUAUGGGGAGGAUUGGAAAGAAAAAGUGAUAGGAGUUGGCACAGAUGGUGCAUCUGUGAUGCUUGGCAAGAAAUCGGGGGUGGUUGUUAAGCUUAGGGAACAUACCAACAGGCCAUUUAUAUAUGGCAUUCACUGCUCAGCACAUAGAUUAGAGCUUGCCUACAAAGAUGCAGUCAAGGCUGUAAAUACUAAGUGGACUACACAUCAAAAAUGUGAAGCUUUACUUCUGAACCUUUACUUAUUUUACAAGUAUGUCCCUUUGAACAGAUCCAACCUCAAGUCAUCUUUUGAGAGUAUUGGACUUAAAGUACUUUUGCCAACACGAGUUGGAGGUACACGCUGGCUUCCACAUACAAAAAUGGCUCUUAAGCAUUUGAUUCAUGGACAUGCUGCCAUUGUUCAGCAUCUUGAGCAGGCACGACAAAGGUACCUGGGAGGAACAACCAGCCUUCCUAAAGCUUGUUGGAUAGCUAAUGUGACUUGUACUCAUUAUGGGCGUGGUGUUAAAACAACAAUAGAAAGGUUCAAGGGUGACUUUCUGUUGCACUAUAAAGGAGAAACAAUAUCUGCAGCCGAAGGAGAACAGAGAGAGGGGAGAAACAGCACUGGAUAUAGAUUUUUCUACAGUGACAUGAAAGAUAAUUUGUGGUAUUAA